AUGUCCGACGCUUCUUCUGUGGCGAGCCGACAACAAACCAUUAGUACUAGUGUGCCUACUACUUCCUCUGUUUGGAACUGUGAGGAUCUUCCAGCCUCCAUGUUCUGGAAAGGCGCCAUGAAACGACGACAAAGCAGUCUCUUUUUGAUGGUUCUAUUAUCCACACUCCUCCUUGCUUCCUUGCUGGCUCUCACCAAUGUCCCACGAGACGAACACUCGCCUCGCAUGUUAAUGCACCCUCUGUCUUCCAUUAAGCACUCGCAACCACAAGACGAAACAUCAAUUCGUUAUCUGACGUUUGGAUCUUCUUCCACCUGGGGAGAAGGAUUGGACGAUCCUCACACCCAAGCGUAUCCCUGGAGAUUAUCUCCUACCGUUCAUAAUGUCGCCGCACGGGUCGGUGGAAUAUCCCUCAGUGCCAUUUGUACCCAAUCCAUUGUCGGGGAGGGAAUCUACGAUGUGAUUGUCAUGGAGAUGAUCGAGGGAGUCACCGACGUGGAAGCCGUCAUGCAACUCGCUAGACGGAUCCGACAACGCUUCCCCAUUGCCAAACUCGUUUUUGUACGACUCUGGUCACCCGCCUCUCAUAUCGUCUACGAUAACCACGUACCGCUUCUUGAAUGGUGGAACCAACAAGCCGACGCUCCAUUGCUACAACCACAAGAGAAGGACAGCCUGCUACAGAGCUACCCCUUCCAAUCUGCUCUCUUGAACAGUGACCCCUCCCGCUGGUCUUUUGCCGACUAUUCCCAACAGUCACAAGAGAUUGAUGCCGUCGUGGAAGAAGUACAAGGGUACCUCUAUCAGCUGCCAUUGCCCAACGCAGCAGAACAACCCAUCCCCAUCAUGCUCACUUCCUCCGACACGAUGGACUUUUUCCACGAGAAAAAUCCUCUCUGGUUGUCUCCCAAGGGACACGAAAUGGUAGCGGAAGGAGUCCAACGAUUGGUGCGACAAGCCCCGGAACCGGCACAACCGCUACCACAGUUGGGCACCUGGGGAGUCGGUGACGCCUGUUCGCUCUGGUACGGCACGGGCGAUUAUUCCACGCUGCGGUCGCGUCGUCGGGCCAGUUUGGUCGACUUUUCCAAGGGCACGGAUGGGUUUCACAAGCAUGCCGUAGAAAUCAGUCGUCGGGGUGGAUCCGUCGAUGUCAACAAUCCCUUUGCGGAACCCAGAAUGCUCUAUUUGACGUACAUGACGGCCCAAGGACGAGAAUAUCCCCGCACCAAAGUUACUGUUGGUGGCAAGGCAUCCGUCAUGAUUGACCCCGUUCAUGAGGAUGUCGACACGGAGGACCACUUGACACGGACGACGGCGGUGGGAUUGGUGCCUCCGGGACGCACCGUUCUCCAGCUAAAUUCCCUCGAUGCCGAUUCGACGAGUCGAUUCCGACUGGUGGGACUCCAUUUUCUCAACAAGGGAAAGGUGCCCAUUCCAUUUGAGUUUGAUUUCGAACCCGAUACCGCUCAUCGGUAA